CUCGCUGCGCUCCGAUCACUGCUGCAACUUUUGCAGAGACUCCUCACUCCACAGACAUGUCGCACAAUAGCUGAAGUAAACCUGUCAUCGCGGCUCUCCAUUCGGGCCAAAUUACGCCGCAGGUGAGGAUCUACGGACGCGCAGCCCCGUCGCUCCUUGGCCGCCUUCCUCGCAUCGGACCCCGGCUUUUUUUUUUCUUUUCUUUUUUUUUUUUUUAAACCGGCCUGGAUAUGAAUUAUGAGCAUUUUCUCCACUAAUGAACCGGGCCAGUGAUGCAGGAGACCGCGGCGACCCUCACAUCAGUGUUUCAAGAUGGCAGAUUUUUAUUGAGUUUUGAUCAGAAAGCUCGCUUUAUUCUUUGCCAUGAAUAACAGGAAUCCUUGCACCGAUGGCCCCUGUAUACGAAGGUAUGGCCUCGCAAGUGCAAGUGUUCUCCCCUCACACUCUCCAGUCAAGUGCCUUCUUUAGCGUAAAGAAACUGAAGGUGGAGCAGAGCUGUAACUGGGAUAUGACAGGGUACGGCACGCAUAGCAAAGUCUACAACAGCAGCAAGAACGUGUCGGCCACUGGCGGCGCUCCUCUAGGCCUCAGCGGCUCCUCCCUGCCAUACGAGCAGACCCUGAUCUUCCCGGCCAGCGCCGGCCACAUCGUGGUCGCCUCGGCCAGCAGCACCUCGGGGGCCGUCGGCUCUCUGCUGGGCAGCAGCAGUGGAGACAGCGGCGGCGGUAGCGGCAGCGGAGGCGGCGGCGGAGUCCACAACCUGACGCGGCGCAGUACGGUGAGCCUCCUGGACACCUACCAGCGAUGCGGGCUUAAGCGCAAGAGUGAAGAGCUCGAAAACAACAGCAGCGUGCAAAUCAUUGAGGAGCACGGCCCACCCAUGAUCCAGAACGGCGGAACCAGCGGAGCCACGGCGGCCACGGCGGCCACCGCCACCUCCACGGCGACGUCCAAGAACAGCGGCUCCAACAACGAGGGCGACUACCAGCUGGUGCAGCACGAGGUGCUCUGCUCCAUGACCAACACCUACGAAGUCUUGGAGUUCUUGGGGAGGGGAACCUUCGGCCAGGUGGUGAAGUGUUGGAAGAGGGGAACCAAUGAGAUAGUGGCCAUCAAGAUCCUAAAAAACCACCCAUCGUACGCGCGGCAGGGUCAGAUCGAGGUCAGCAUCCUGGCGCGCCUUAGCACAGAGAGCGCAGACGACUACAACUUUGUGAGAGCCUACGAGUGCUUCCAGCACAAGAACCAUACGUGCCUGGUGUUUGAGAUGUUGGAGCAGAACCUGUAUGACUUCCUCAAGCAGAACAAGUUCAGCCCGCUGCCGCUCAAGUACAUCAGACCGGUGCUCCAGCAGGUCGCCACGGCGCUGAUGAAGCUGAAGAGCCUGGGGCUGAUCCAUGCCGACCUGAAGCCGGAGAACAUCAUGCUGGUGGAUCCUUCGCGUCAGCCCUACAGGGUCAAAGUCAUUGACUUUGGUUCAGCCAGCCACGUGUCCAAAGCGGUGUGCUCCACCUACCUGCAGAGCAGAUACUACAGGGCUCCAGAGAUCAUCCUGGGCCUGCCGUUCUGUGAGGCCAUAGACAUGUGGUCGCUGGGCUGUGUAAUAGCUGAGCUGUUUUUGGGAUGGCCUCUCUACCCCGGAGCCUCCGAGUACGACCAGAUUCGGUACAUCUCACAGACGCAGGGUCUUCCAGCAGAGUAUCUGUUGAGUGCAGGGACGAAGACCACCAGGUUCUUCAACAGAGACCCAGAUUCCACCUAUCCCCUCUGGAGACUGAAGACUCCGGAAGACCACGAGGCUGAGACGGGGAUCAAGUCCAAGGAGGCUCGCAAGUAUAUCUUCAACUGCUUGGAUGAUAUGGCACAGGUGAACAUGACAUCAGACCUGGAAGGGAGCGACAUGCUGGCGGAAAAGGCAGACCGGAGGGAGUUCAUCGACCUGUUGACCAAGAUGCUGACUAUCGACGCUGACAAGAGGAUCACCCCCAUCGAAACACUCAACCACCCCUUCGUUACCAUGUCGCAUCUCCUCGAUUACCCUCACAGCACCCACGUAAAGUCAUGCUUCCAAAACAUGGAGAUCUGCAAACGUCGUGUCAACAUGUACGACACAGUCAACCAGAGCAAAACGCCCUUCAUCACCCAUGUGGCCCCCAGCACCUCCACCAACCUCACCAUGACCUUCAACAACCAGCUGAACACUGUGCACAGCCAGGCCACCAACCUGGCUCCCUCCUCCACCAACAAUGCCACCCUUUCCUUUGCCAGUCCUGACGUCUCCAUACUAAACUACCAAUCUGCACUCUACCAGCCCUCCGCCGCCUCCAUGGCGGCUGUGGCCCAGAGGAGCAUGCCGCUGCAGCCGGGGGCGCCGCAGCUCUGCGCCGCUCGGCCCGACCCCUUCCAGCAGGCGCUCAUCGUCUGCCCGCCGGGAUUCCAAGGUUUGCAGGCAUCCCCUUCCAAGCACACCAGUUACUCUGUCAGGAUGGAGAACGCGGUUCCCAUAGUGACGCAGGCUCCCGGUGCCCAACCUCUGCAGAUCCAGCCUGGCCUCCUCACACAGCAGGCCUGGCCCAGCGGCACCCAGCAGAUCCUGCUGCCUCCAGCGUGGCAGCAGCUCACCCACACCUCCGUCCAGCACGCCGCCGUCAUCCCAGACUCCAUGGGCAGCACACAGACUCUCGCCAACUGGAGGAAUUCCCAUCCUCAUGGGAGCCAUUAUAAUCCCAUCAUGCAGCAGCCAGCCUUGCUGACUGGUCAUGUCACGCUCCCAUCAAACCAGACUCUCAAUGUGGGCGUGGCUCAUGUCAUGAGGCAGUCAUCCACCAAUAACAACUCCUCUUCCAAAAAGACCAAACAGCACCAGAUGUCGACCAGGAACGUGUCGACCUACGAGGUGUCGUCCUCCCAGAUGGUGCUGUCGCCGCAGCGAUCCAAGCGGGUGAAGGAGAACACGCCCCCCCGCUGCGCCGUGCUACAGAACGGGUCGGCAUCCCACUGCCCACCGGCGCAGGGCUGCGCUGGAGGAGGGUGGGGCGCCAACGAAGCAGAGCAGGCUUCCAGCACCACCCGCGAACAUCAGCACCAGCACCAUGUCCCCAGACAGACCAUCAUCAUCCCCGACACGCCCAGCCCCGCCGUCAGCAUCAUUACCAUCAGCAGCGACUCAGAGGACGACGACCAGAAGCAGAACAACGGCUCAUCUUCCAAGCACAGAAAGAACGUCAUCAGCUGUGUGACGGUCCAUGAUUCCCCAGAGUCAGACUGCUCCAGCCACAACAGCCCCUACAGCCUGGAGUCAAGACCCCACAACCAUAACAACAACAACAGCUACGACACGAAAACCACCAUCCUGGACAACUACAACAAUGGGAACCCUCGCACAAUCAUCAUCCCUCCGCUCAAGACACAGAACAGUGAAGUGCCCAGCGAAUGUGAGCGGCUGAUGCCAGAUGGACUGAAUCAUCAGAAUAUAGCUUACAAGUUUAAAUCCUCCAAUGGAGUGACAUUGGGCAAUAAUCACAUACCAGGGGGCGUGGCCUAUCGACAGCAGCGCUCAGGACCACACCCGCUUCAGCAGCAGCCACUCAAUCUCAGCCAGGCUCAGCAGCACAUGGUGGCCGAGCGAAACGCAGGACACCGCCGGCAGCAGGCCUACAUCACCCCCAACAUCGCAGCUCAAGCCCCGUAUUCCUUCCAUCACAACAGCCCCUCCCACACGGGCGGCGUCCAUCCACACCUGGCCGCCACCCACCUGCCCAGCCAGCCCCACCUGUACACCUACACGGCCCCCGCCGCCCUGGGCUCCACCGGCACCGUGGCCCACCUGGUGGCGUCGCAGGGCUCGGCGCGCCACGCCGUCCAGCACGGGAGCUACCCCCCCAGCAUCGUCCACCAGGUCCCAGUCAGCGUGAGCCACCGCGUCCUGCCGUCGCCCACAAUGCACCACAGCCAGUACCAGGCCCAGUUCGCCCACCAGGCCUACAUCAGCACCUCACCCGCCUCCACUGUCUACACUGGAUACCCACUGAGCCCCACCAAGGUCAACCAGUAUCCUUACCUCUAGAGACGAGCCGGACUGACACUGAAGGGGCCCGACCCCCGACCCAGCGAUGCUGCUUCCUGCACUGCAAAAACACAAAACCUCACCACGUAUUUUUAGUCUAGUUUCUGAUGCAAAUAUACAGCUCCCUUGAAAUAAUACAAAACUUACAAGUAACUUUUCAGCAAGAAAUAGGAGCUUGUUCAAUAAUUAAUUAAUAUUAUUGAUGUGAGAUUACUGGUAGAUAGAGUGUCCAAGUACUCAAGUAAGAGUAGCACCACUUCAACAAAUUUUUAUUCAAGUAAAAGUAAAAAGUAGCUGUCCAAGAAAUUACUCAAGUAAGAGUAAAAAAGUAUUUGGAAAGCUACAUCAGUCAUUUAAUAUUUCAAAAUUACAACAUCAGACCACUAAGGUUAUGUGGAAUUGUAGGUAUUUUAAAGACCAAAAUGAAAAUAAUUCAUAUAACUAAUUAUUAAAAAGUAACAAAAACAGGAAAAAGAAAUAUUUUUUCUAAAUCAGUUCCUUUCAGCACAUAACUUAACAAAAAUUGCCAAUAUUUGUCUGGUGAAUUAUUAGUUGUUAUUCAUUCAGUGAAGUUAAUCACACUGGGUAUCCAGAAAUUUUACUCAAAUAAGAGUAAAAUUUACAAAAAGUAAAUAUUUUUGUAAGUAAGCUCUGGUUAAUAUUGAUGAAAAUGAAGAUAUAAUUCAAAUAAUCUGCCAGGGGAACAAGACACUUUCCCUGUAUUAUAAAUUACAAUAUGAGAAAAGUAUUUUUUCCACUGUCAGAUAAUUACAUAUAACUAGUACUUUUUAAAUAAAAUUAAGAAAUUAAGCUCCCAUAUCUUGCUGAAAAGUUACAUUUAAGUUAGUUUUGCCGUAUUUCAGGUCUACUAAGAUAUCUGCACCAAUAAGUGGAUCAAAAGUCUUGGUGAGAUUUUGUGUUUUUGCAGUGUUCAUCCUCCAUCCCAUCCUCUCCUCGACCUCAGACAUGAACAGAGACAGAGGAACAUGCAACCCUCAUGAAGCUGUCAUGUGUAACUUGAAGAAGGAAUGACUGAACAGAAGGAAACAUGACUCAGAUCCUCUGGAGAAGAGAAAAAAGAUGGCGACUGUUUUUCUUCUUUUGACCAUUUUCCCCCCAGAAAAGGGCCAGUUCCGCUUUUGUUUCCCUUCCCUUUGCUUUCCUUUACGAAAGAAGCAACGUCUCGUUAGUUUUUUGGGGGAAGUUUUGAGGACAGCGGAUGUUUUAGGAUUUAUUUCAUUUGUUUCCCCGCUCUCCUCUCCCGUCCCCCGCCUAAAUAUGUUUGGGACUGUUGAAUAGGUGGGCAAUAUUGACUGGAAGUUUGAAUUCCCAAAAGCUUUGGGACUUGGUGAAAUACGGAAACCUGCUGCUCUUCAAAGAUAAAAAAAAUACUGAUGGCCUUGAACUGUCUUAGUAUUUCCAAAUCAGCGGAGGCGUGGGGUGAAAACGAAGAGAGGAAACUCCGCCCACUCCGCCUCCUCCAGCAGAGGAGGGAACUGGAAAUCUAACCAACAGAAGACAACAAAUCUUUUAGUGUAUUUAUAGAUAUUUUUCCUUUGUUUUUUCCACCUUCAGUUUGGUCUAGGUGUCUUAGCUGGGCCCCGUGUAUAGAAUGUAGCAGUAUGCACCUGUUUUUAUUUCUUUUUUAAUUCCCUUGAUACCAAUAGAGUUAUUUCUUAUUUUUUCUUCUUCAAUGUGAUUGCACAAAGUGGUUAUAAUAACAUAGGCAUGUACAACGUGAUUGUCUGUGUGCUACUGUCAGCCAUGCGUGUGUAGCUCAUCUCCACAGGAUCCUCCUCAAGUCUUUAGAUGUCGAUCGUCGUUCCCUCGUAGUGCCUUACAGAUUUACCGACACAGUUUACUCGGCUCGGGUCCCGAAAGCCGCGAGAGACUACGGCUAAACUUAGCGAGACGCGUUUUCCCCGGUUUCACAUCUUAAUCGGGACACUUGUAGGUUUCUUCCAGGUGUAGGCUCAGCCCUCGCUGUUUCACAACCACAGCGUCCCGCAGAUGAUGAAGAUUAAUGUCAAAGCAGAAAUCACGCUGAGCUGAUUUUUUUGUUGUUAUUGUUGUGUGUGCAUGAGAUAAUUUGCCUGGGGUACUUACCAAAGUCAGAGAUAAAGUCAUGUUACACUUCGCUCUGGAAAUUCAUGUAAAUAUAAAAAGAUAGAUGUAGAGUGAAGCUGUAGCUGUUUUCCUCGUUUUCUGCUAAUCACACGAGAAAACGUGCGUCACGAUUCGGAGGCACAGACGUCAGCUCAGUUGUUUUGAGGUUACAGGAUACAGUUUGAGACACAACAGAGUUUUUGGUGCAUCUCAGUGAAUUAGAUUAUGACAAAAUGUUCAAAAAAAACCUAAA